CUAGCUCGUAAUCAGGAUAUUGGGUAUUGGACAUUAGAGAGCGUGUACUGACUUUUUGCGUCACUAUGAGUAGCUUGGAUUUGAAACCAAAAUAUGAAAUAGGUGAAAAAUUACUUUGUUUCCAUGGGCCUCUUAUGUAUGAGGCAAAAUGUCUAGACGUCAAAGUGAAAGAAGAUGGUGUAAUGUAUUUUGUGCAUUACCAAGGUUGGAAUAAAAACUGGGAUGAAUGGGUGACAGAGAAACGUAUGUUCAAGUAUAAUGAAGAGGGUUUGAGAAAACAAAAAGAAUUAGAGCGACAAAUGUAACUUGUGUAAAGCAAUGUUUGUGAUCACGAUGCUGCUUGUAAUUUUCAGAAAAUCGGGCAAGGUUAAAGUUUUGAGAAGGUCCGACUUGAAGUCACAGUCAUUGCCACCUCCAGAAGUCCUGGAGGACGUCGAGCGGACAUUGAGGCCUGGUCAAGUGAAACAAGAGAAAGAUGCUCCCAAGGCCAAGAAUAUAAAAACCAAUGAAGAAGCCAUCCGUAAAACUGAUGCUUGUGUACCUGCUGGUGUUAAAGAGACUGGAGAUAUUAAACCACCCAUUAAGUGUUGUGAAGAUUCAUACACACCGUCUACUCAACCUGUCACAGUAUCAAGUAGGAGAAGGAAAAGCCGAGUGUCAUCAGUGCUAAAGUCUCUUGAAAAUAAAGAUGGCCUUCUCUCUCAGCCUCGUUUGUCGAUGUCACUGCCUCCAUCUUUGAAAUCUUGGCUUAUAGAUGAUUGGGAUUUGAUUACUCGUCAAGCUCGGCUUUAUGAACUGCCUGCUUCUCAGCCAAUAUGUAAUGUUUUAUCAGACUUCUUAGAAGCUUCUGAGGCUGAAAUCGCUAAGUCAGAAUCAACUUGUGAAGCAAAAGAAGACUGCACUUCUUCUGAACCUGAGAACUCUCAGCUAAAUACUACUAAGUUGGCAAUAAACCCGGGUGUAAGGCGUGAAUUUGUUGCCGGAAUUCAGCAUUUUUUCAAUCUUACUAUUGGUUCUCAUCUUUUAUACAAAUUUGAACGACUACAAUAUGCUGAGCUAUUGAAGCAUCAUACAGAUAAGAGAAUGUCAGAUAUUUAUGGUUCAAUCCACUUGUUGAGGUUGUUUGUUAAACUCCGAGAUAUGGUUUCAUGCGUCCGAGUCGAUGCUCAUAGUCUCCCUAUGCUAGAAGCUUCGGUUGCUGAGUUUUUGCAGUUUCUGAAACAAAAUGAAAGCCGUUACUUCCGAAUUGAAGAUUACAGUGUGGCGACAGCAGAAUAUCAACGAAGAGCAAUGUGUUGAAUGCGCAUAUAACUAACUGUCACCGUUGUGAAAAAAAAUUGAUACCUAUGCUCUGAAAUAGAACGUAUAAUAUAAUUCCAUAUUAGUUUGUUUAUUAGAUGGAUGUAUCACACACAGUAUUAGUAUUUACUGGAUGACAAAGUUGUUUCGAACACAAUUCAUUAUUGCUCUUCAUAAUCAUAUCAUCAAUUAUAAUCACACGACUUCGAAACUUGAGUUUCAUGGUUUUCUUUGGCCUCUCCUAUUUGUCAUCGUCUUUGGGGUAGUAGAAUAUUCCAGAUAUCUGGCUGGACAGGUGUUGAAUCAUUCCUGUUACACGUGUUGAUUUGCAGUUGGUUCGAUAAACAAAGCUUCUGUUAUCAAUCUCCCCCUCCCUCUAUUCACCCUGUGACAUUAGAUUUCAAAGCUGUCAUCCUAUCCCAUCCAGCCUAUUUUAUGGUUGUGUGUGAUUGCAUGUAGUGCUUGCAAUAGCUUCUGAACUAUUCUCUAGAUUUCUUAUCUUAUUCGGGUCAACUAAUCUAGAUUUUGCUGCUAGGUUUUUAUGCUGUUCGGAAAGUCUGACUCACUGACCCCGUUCUACUACUUUGACCUAUGUAUUUGACCUGACAAUCAUUGCAGACAGGGUAUUAGAUAAACUAAAUUGUUUUGUUUUAUUGGAUCCACAGGAUUGAUCCUUUAACUGACUAAGCUUGUUUCUAAUUGAGUUUGUGGUUGGUUUGAAUGCCAGCCAGCUUUUUUGAUCCAAUCUUCAAGGAAUAUUUUCGUAUGGAUAGGUAGGUAGAUAGAUAGAUAGAUAUAGGAUGUGAGUGUAAAUAUUCGUCUUAUCGAUGAUGACAGCCCUUUCUGCUGUGUUGACUAGGAUGCCAUGCUUUUCAAAGGAAUGCUUGAAAAGAAACGAUUAUACUCUACACACACACACACACUGCUAAAAAUCUUUGUGAAAUGAAAUUUGUUUUUGAAGCUUCCUUUUGCCUAUACGCUGAUGAAUUGUAUAGGAUACAAUUAUGUAUGCCUCACUAUAAAACCUGAAUGUUACGGUAUUUAGUUGUGUGAAGAAAUAUUAUAUCGAAUGGGCUGGUGGUGAUCCUCUUCGUGAUCUUUGUGACCAUCGAUGAUGACAUGAUGGCAGUAUUUAGAAAUAACUUCAGAACUAACUUAAUCUGGGAACAUCAUCAGUGGAUACGAUAAGUGCCCACUGUUAUAGAAUCAGGUCGAAAGAAGUUUAUAAAAAUUAGAUGAAGGUGUACAAUAAUAAUAAUACAGAAAGAUUGAGCAGCGAAGAAAUAUUUACUUUUCAAUUAGAUCCUCCCUCAUCUCACUAUGGCUCUACUCUAAUCAAUAUACACGUAUAUACGCAUUUUUAUUACAAUACACAACAAACAAUUUACCAAUCAUCAAGUGGCACUGAUAUGUUUGUUUGUUAACAAUAAUUAGUCAGUCAGUGUCAACAUGUCAAGCAGGCAAGGGGUGAUAAUUAACGAAGAAAAUCAAUGCACACACACAAUUAAAAGGUAGAAAUGGUUAGAAUAAAUUAAUUUUACAAGGAUAACACGUAAUCAAACAUGAAAUGGUCAGAAAAAUAAAACAAUUAGGGCAAUUAUAAUUUGUAAAGGUUUAGGGGGAGGGGGGCGAAGUAGUCCGGUUUACACAUUC